CUCUGCAAGAAACACAGACACACGUCUCUCCCAAGUCUCAACAACCAAUCAUCGAUCAGCUCAGUUCACAUUCUAUUUUCUCUGGGUAUCUUCAAGUCCGUUGGUUAAAGAAACGUCAUGCACAUGUCUCUUAUGUUGGGUUGUUCUAAUGGCACCGUCGCGAUCGCAACGGCCAUGGUUUUCUCAAGCACUGCUCUGUUUCUCGCGACGGCUCGUCAGUUCUAUGGGAAUCAAACCUCGCAGGUUCGUGAUCAGACUCCACCAUCACCACUCCUCCGUUCUUGUCUAUCUUCUUCAGAGGCAAUGAAGAAACAUAGGAGUAAGAAGAAGAAAGUUAGGUUCGCGGAGAAUGUGAAAGAUACGGAAGGGAACGGGAAAGAGUACCGGAAGAGGAGGGAGUUGAGUCGGAGAAUAGUACAUGAGUCAGUGACUCAACCGGGGAAAACCGGUUCGGUUUGUGGAAUAUCCACGAUGCCAGCGAACCGGAUGGCUCUGUACAAUGGGAUUCUCAGAGACCGAUCUCACAGAACUCAGUGUUCUUAUUGACUUUUCUUCUUGGACCAAACAAAGUCAAUAUAUUUAGGUUUGAAAAUUGUAGUAGGUGGCUUCUUUUGUUCAUACUAGUAGCUGUACUGCUGUAGUAGUAUGUGGACUUCUUCUUCUCUGCUUUUUCUAGUUAUUUGUUAUAAAAUCAAAGUGACAAUGUAAAAACCAUAGAAUUGAUAUUGAUUGUAGUAAACUUGCAUUUGUUUGGCUAA